AUGCUGGAUCUGCAGCGCGUGAACUUCACAGGCUCCCUCUGCGCCUCCGCCAUCUUCAUCACGCACGGUGGCGCGGGCCGACAUGAUGUUGAGAACAAGGAGCCUGUUCAGAAGGAGAGCUGGACGGUGGACUUCGAGUCCCCCACGCUGGUCUUGUCCGACAUCGUCGUGGACUCGAACCAUCCCUUCCUGCCGCUGUCCGCACAGGCCGGGAAUGGCUACAAGCAGGCAUUGAAGGACGGUCGAGGGGUCAAACAAACGGAGGUUGCUUUUGGGGUUCUGAGCACAAUUUUUCGCUGGACUCUUGAAACCGAGGGGCGAGGAUUCGAACUUCCUUGGACCUUUGGAGAGGAGAUUCGAAACGGGCGGAAGACGAGCCACUGGAUCUGGUGGGUCUGGCCCAGUUUGGAACAAGUGCGGAGAACCUCGCGGCCCCAGUACUCUCUCCGAAACUUGGGGGAUGUGAAGGCCUUUCUGGCCGAUCCGGGGCUGCGACGGAACCUCUGUGAAAUCAGCGAAGUUGCGCUCUCCCACCUGGCGAAGGGCCUUCCGCCAGGCACCCUCUUCGGCUCACGUACCGAUGUAGAGAAGUUUGAGGAGACGGCGACCUGCUUCGCACUGGUUGCUCUAGAGGCCCGCGAUCUGCAGCUGGCCGAGCUGAUGCUGUCCUGCCUGGACGCUCUGGGACAAAAACUCCACUCCAACACCGCAGAAUACUUGCUUGCUGAGGGCCUACCGUCUCUCUCAGAGACAGAGCUGGAUCUCAAGUGCCUGAGGAGCCUACUGGUGAAACUCCAAGAUGACAGCAAGGAGGGGGAGCCUGGGGAGCCUGCCCCCUCGCCUGCCUCUGAAACCGAGGAACCAGCGGGAGAAACAGAGGUCUCUCAGAAAGAGGAGCUCCCUGCCGCUGCCGGCAGCGUCCUCCCCCUCCCUGCCUGA